GUCUACGGAAGUCCCGCCCUCACUUCCGGCGGCGGAGGAUUGGGAGCGACUGAAGGCCGCUUCCGGCUCUGGUAGUGUAGGGGCUUCGGCACGUGUGUUAUUCCCCGGGAUUUCUGUAUUAACCCUGCUUCUGGUAAGCUUGUCUGGCCGGCAUUCCUUUAAGGCCUAAGGAUGAAGGCGAGAAGAAAUAAAAAGCAGAUCCCAAGCUUUCGCAAGUUAAUAAAAACUAGUAAAGUCAAACUUGAAAACAAGCUAAAAAAUAAGCAGUUUAAACAACAAAGCACUCUCAAGAAGUACCGAAAAGAACAGAGGAAACUAAGGCAAGCUGUGAAAGAUGCUGUGUCUAAGAAACCCAUUCCAUUGGAGAACCCAAAGGAAAAGCGACCAGGUAAAAGGAUUGAGAGGGAAGAAGAGGAAGAAGAAGAAGCCCUUCCUUUAGAUAUGAUGGAUGAAGAUGACUUACAGUUAAUGAAGGAUUUAGGACAAAGAGCAUCUUUUCUAACAAGAGAUCUUUCUUCUAGUGAGCCCGUUCAUGCGAAGAAACGGAAGCAUAAACGCAUUAUAGAUAAAUAUGAAAAAAUACCAAGAACUCUGCAAACUGUACCAGAGAAGGAACUGAUUCAUUUACUUCCUAUCAAAGAUAAAAGCGGUAUAAUCCCACAGACUAGGGAGAAGCCAGUUACUGAUAGUAACAAAGAUGAAGAGGAUCAAGAAGAAGAGAGGGAACUUGAGGAAGAGAUCAUUGAAGAUCCUAUUCAAGAGCUGACCAUAGAAGAACAUUUGAUUGAGAGAAAGAAGAAAUUACAGGAGAAGAAGAUGCAUAUUGCAGCCUUGGCAUCUGCCAUAUUAUCAGAUCCAGAAAGUAAUAUUAAAAAAUUGAAAGAAUUACGUUCUAUGUUGAUGGAACAAGAUCCUGAUGUGGCUGUUACUGUUCGAAAGCUGGUAAUUGUUUCUCUGAUGGAGUUAUUUAAAGAUAUUACUCCUUCAUAUAAAAUCCGGCCCCUCACAGAAGCAGAAAAAUCUACUAAGACCCGAAAAGAAACCCAGAAGUUAAGAGAAUUUGAAGAAGGCCUGGUUAGCCAAUACAAGUUUUAUUUGGAAAAUCUGGAACAAAUGGUUAAAGAUUGGAAGCAGAGGAAGCUGAAGAAAAGUAAUGUAGUUUCCUUAAAGGCAUACAAAGGACUGGCAGAAGUCGCUGUGAAGAGCUUGUGUGAGCUGUUGGUGGCACUGCCUCAUUUUAACUUUCAUAACAACAUCAUUGUAUUGAUUGUCCCUCUCAUGAAUGACAUGUCAAAAUCGAUAUCUGAAAUGUGUUGUGAAGCUGUGAAGAAACUCUUUAAGCAAGAUAAAUUAGGCCAAGCUUCUCUUGGUGUAAUUAAAGUGAUUUCUGGUUUUGUGAAGGGCAGAAAUUAUGAAGUUAGGCCAGAGAUGUUAAAAACAUUUUUAUGUCUAAGAAUCAAGGAAGUAGAAGUGAAAAAAGAUACAGAAGACAUUAAUAAACCAAAAAAAUUUAUGACUUUCAAAGAAAAGAGAAAAUCUCUAUCAAGAAUGCAGAGAAAGUGGAAGAAAGCAGAAGAGAAACUAGAGCGAGAGCUUCGAGAGGCAGAAGCUUCAGAGAGUACUGAGAAAAAACUUAAACUGCACACAGAGACUCUGAAUAUUGUGUUUGUAACCUACUUCAGAAUAUUGAAGAAGGCCCAGAGGUCACCUCUCCUGCCAGCAGUACUAGAAGGUCUUGCCAAGUUUGCUCACCUUAUAAAUGUGGAAUUUUUUGAUGAUCUGUUAGUAGUUCUUCAUACUCUCAUUGAGUCUGGUGACCUAAGCUAUAAAGAAAGUCUUCACUGUGUCCAGACUGCUUUUCAUAUUCUUUCUGGACAAGGUGAUGUUCUGAAUAUUGAUCCAAUGAAAUUCUACACACAUCUCUACAAAACACUGUUCAAAUUACAUGCAGGUGCUACCAAUGAAGGUGUUGAGAUUGUACUCCAGUGCCUUGAUGUCAUGCUAACUAAGCGCAGAAAGCAAGUUUCUCAGCAGCGAGCUCUUGCCUUCAUCAAACGUCUUUGUACCCUUGCUCUUCAUGUUCUUCCAAAUUCAAGUAUUGGCAUUUUAGCAACUACCAGAAUAUUAAUGCAUACUUUCCCCAAAACAGAUCUACUGCUUGACAGUGAAUCUCAGGGAAGUGGAGUUUUUCUUCCUGAACUGGAUGAGCCUGAGUACUGCAAUGCUCAGAACACUGCUCUGUGGGAACUGCAUGCUCUGCGGAGGCAUUAUCAUCCCAUAGUGCAGAGAUUUGCAGUCCACCUGAUCGCUGGAGCCCCUUCUGAAGGCUCUGGAGCACUCAAACCAGAGUUGAGUCGAAGAUCUGCUGCUGAACUUUUUGAGGCAUAUAGCACGGCAGAAAUGACAUUCAAUCCUCCUGUUGAAUCUUCAAACCCCAAAAUAAAGGGUAAAGUUUUACAAGGGGAUUCAUUUUUGAAUGAAGAUUUAAAUCACCUAAUCAAAAGAUACUCCAGUGAAGUUGCUACUGAAUCGCCUCUGGAUUUCACGAAAUAUUUGAAAACAUCACUACACUAGUAGAGGAAUGAAGUCAGUGGACUUUCUUGUAUAUUUGUGUGUGCAGAUGUACAUAAAGAUGAGUUGUUAACUUAGGACCUUUUCUUUUUAUACAAGGAAAGCUUUCUAAGAAUGUCUAGGAAGAGGAGGAAGAAUGACUCUUUGCAUGGCACAGGGUUCUGCCCCUAUUCUGAAUAUGUCAUUCCAUCAAGGAGAUCAAAAGCCUUUUUUCUCCCCAGUAUUUGGAAAUUACUUUCUUGAUGAUGCUGCCUUUUAAAAGCUUCACGUACAUUAUAGUUUUUUAAAAAAAUCUUUGGACUGGAUCUUACUGAAGUGCAGUUGCUAUAUUAAAAUUAGGGCAUAGAGCACAGAAAAAUCAAGACCAUGAGAAGACAUUUUACCAUUUAGUUACUUUUUAUAACUAAAUACUCUAAAUAUUUUUAUUUCAAUACUGUGGAUGGAAAUGAGAAGCAUUCUAAAUUGGAGUUAAUAUAUUUUUAUGAAGAUUUGUGAGAAAAGAAAAAAAUAGCUUGUAUUCAGGUUCAUUGGCUUUUGCUGGAUGAUCCACUGAAAGAAGUUACCUAAUUUGGCCUUUUAAAAAAGGUAUUAGUGUUUAUUAUAGCUACUUUCAAGGAAAGUUUGAAUAUGAUUCUAGUCUCUGAAGUUCUUCACGUUUUCUGACAUUCCCUGGAGGGUGACUGGGGAAGAAUUGCUCCAGGGUAGAAGAACCAGGCCCAAGACUCUACCAUUCUGUUCUAGGGACAAAGGAUACUCAAUGAGGAGCUUUUUUACCCUCUUGGAACAGGUAAAAUGCUUUUUCUUAUUAAUAUAAUUAUGAAACAGUAUUUUAUGUAACAGCUGUUCCCAUAUUCUAGGAGUGGCCUAAGAAAUGCAUGUUUCAGUGACUAGGUUAUAAAUAUUCUCUAUUGUGAAUAGUUGAAUAAAACAGCUGUUUUUUUCUGCUUCCUAUUCUUGUGAUAUGAUAAUUUUUUGAAAAAAGCACAGCAGUCCAACUAAAGAGAUCUCUUACUGUUUGAAAGUCAUAGCAGCCAGUUAUUUUACUCUGGAGCUUAGAGCUCUUUUUUCGCAUGAAGUAAACGGAAGUAGAAAAUUCCUUUACCAUUCCAGCAGAGUGAGAGGAUAUGAGCUUAACAGUGUAUGUCAGUCUUUUAGCAUAUUAUAUAUGAUUUUUAAAAGUGGUUCUGAGGUCACAUUUUUUAAGGCUUGAUUAUUUAAUGAGAAAGGUAUGAUUCAGCAUAUGAAUAUUUGCAUUUAGUCCACCUUUUAGAUAUAAAACAAAGUCCAGGAAUGUGAUAUUUGUGUGGCUAACCAAAGGGUCUAAUUCCCAUCAGAGCACAAGUGACCAAUACAUGUCACAAAUUAUUUAUUUUCCAAACAUAUACAAAUACAUUUAUACUUUACUUUGGCAGCAGAAACUAUACUUCUGGUGAAAAAUCAGCUUAAAAUAGAAACUCAUCAGCUAUUUCACAGCUGUAUUAUGCCUUUAAUUUUCUUGUUAUACAUAUGGAGAAUCACAGUGGGACUACAAAAUUAUACAUCUAUAUUUGAGUAUCCUAUGUGAAUUUGAGGAAAUAUAUUUGUGCAUUAACUUACAUAAGCUUAUAUUGAUUAAUUUUAUUUUUAGAACUAAAUGUAGUUAUUAGUGAUUACACACAUACACACACACACACACACAGGCACAUACAUAUCCUGAGGCUUUAUUAAGCUACAGCCUUAAUUUUUUUUUUUAACUAGACAAAUAAUGAGCACCUACUGUGUGCUUAGCGCUAUGGUGGCACUUAAGAGUGGGGUGGGAAAUAAUGGGUGUAAGACAUAACCUCAGUCUUCCAUGCUGAGUCAGAUCAUCCACAUAACGCUUUUGAAAAAUGUGACAGUAUCCAAUUCAGUGUUAGAAUUACUUGUGUCAAAAGUUUAGAGACCUAUGUCAUCUGUUUGGUGACAAGCUUGUGCAUAGUAUGUUUUGAAUCUAAGAGAUGUAUAAGAAUAGGUAGGCCAGGUAUAGUGGCUCACGUCUAUAAUCCCAGCACUUUGGGAGGCUGAGGCGGGUAGAUCACGAGGUCAGGAGUUCGAGACCAGCCUUACCAACAUAGUGAAACCCCAUCUCUACUGAAAAUAAAAAAAAUUAGCCAGACAUGGUAGCGCACGCCUGUAGUCCCAGCUACUUGGGAGGCUGAGGCAAGAGAAUCACUUGAACCGGGGAGGUGGAGGUUGUGGUGAGUUGAGAUCGUACCACUGUACUCCAGCCUGGGCAACAGAGUGAGACUCUGCCUCAAAAAAAAAAAAAAAAAAAAAAAAGAAUAGCUUGGUAAUCAUAGAGACCCAGUAUGUGUUUCAAAGGGACUCAUUUCAGGUAUUCCUAUGUCAGAAUCCAUAGCCAUCAGCCAAGGAUUGCUUUUAAGAAGCUGCUACAUAGGGAUGGCAGAGAACACAUAAAUUAUUAACAAUGGAUCAUGGGGAAUAUUGACCCAAGUCUAGACUCUGUGUAAGAAACAAUCUCCCUUUUCUCUCUAACUUUUUUGGGGUCCCAGGUAUAUCUUUUCUGGCCUCACUGCUGAUAUAUAAGCAACUGAAAAGGGGUCAGAGACUUUCACUGUGAGAGCACUUUCCCUGUAGGCUGCCAAUAUAAGAUCAAAGACACCAGCCAGGAAAAUCCUCCUCUUCUUUACUGGCAUGGGAGCAUAGAUGUGGAGUUUUGUGUUUUAGAGUUAAUUCAAUUUUAUCGGGCCAGUAAGCAAGCCCUGAUAACUUUCCAGAAUUAAGCAAGGCCUGUGGGUCUCUGUGCAGAGGACAGAAAUCUAUAGAGAUAUUGGAAGAGGAGAGAAGAAAGGAAGGGGAAGAUGUAGUUAGCAAAAGGUAAAUUGAUACAUAUCAUAGAGGGCCCACUUUCAUUAAUGAGCUUCCAGAGUCUCCAGAGCCAUUGAGAUGGGAGGCCUUUAUGAAAGCAAGUUUGAUUAAAAACAAGUCACUUGUAACUCAACUUUUGUUGAGUCUAGACUUCAUAUUGACUCCCAACUGGAGAAUUUGUAAAUAACUUUUACUUGCUAAUGAUGAGAUGAAAAGAAGCUUUACCCCUCAAAGGGCACUUUCUACCCAGAUAGGAUCAUUCUUACAGAUUUGGCAUCACUGAACAGAGUGACAGAAUUCAUGCUCCUUUCUCCACUUUCAGUGAUGCUUCUUAAAAUUUUGUAAUGACCCCAACUUGCAUAUUUAGAUUCUUGUCCACAUCAACUUUAACGAGGAGUUUGCUACCCAGAUUUCUGGUAGCCUAAAAAGUGUGAAAUGGUAAUGGGUAUAGUCAUAGUGGCUAUUUAAGAUAAUUUCUUUCACUUGGCAUAAUAUAGCUGUUUAAUUCAGAUAAAGCUUUAAAUAAAACAAAUAUUUUCAGCCAACAUCAGGUUGUGCUGGCCAUUUGUGUAUAAUAGUAGACUAGACUCUUUGAAUUUUUUUUUUUUUUUUUUUUUUGAGAUGGAGUCUCACUCUUGCACCCAGGCUGGAGUGCAGUGGCACAGUCUCCACUCACUGCAACCUCCACGUCUUGAGUUCAGGCAAUUCUCUCCUGCCUCAGCCUCCCCAAUAGCUGGGAUUUACAGGUGCCCACCACCAUGCCCAGCUAAUUUUUGUAUUUUUAGUAGAGAUGGAUUUCACCAUGUUGGCCUCGAACUUCAGACCUCAGUUGAUCCACCCACCUCAGCCUCCCAGUGUUGGGAUUACAGGCAUGAGCCACUGUGCCCAGCCAACUCUUUACAUUUUAAAACAAUGUGUUCUUUCUAUAAUCCUAAAGACUCAAAUACAAUGAAGUAUGUCCUUUCACCUCAAAAUGUGAUAAACAACUAAGUUGGGAUGCAACCUAGGCAGUAGGCUGGAUUCUCUCAUUGGUUAAACCUGGUCUCAACUUCAGUCUCAGAUUUAUGUUGUAAAAUAUACACCUGUUAAAGGUCAUGGAGGAGGAGUGGGGCAGUGCUUAGAAAGCAUCAGAAUCAAAUGAUAAACCUAGAGAGACCAGUCUUCAUCUUGUUACUCUGUACAGUUUUCAUUUGGCCUCUAGCCACUUAGACCAGCAACUCAGUUUUCAACACAUGGUGGGGCAAACUGUUUGGCAUGUUCACUUAUUAGAGGCUUGAUAAAGUGUUUCCGGAAUAUUUUUUAAAUGGAGCAGCAUUGUGCAUUUGUUAGAAUGAUUAUUUGACUUAAACCUGUACUACUGUAUAGAUUACAUCAAACUGGAAUAGCCUGAAUUCUGUUGACAAGAAAAUGGUAGUUCUAGCCUUAAGGCUUUGACCCAGUAAGAACUUUCAAUGACAUGAAAGCUGUGUGGUGUAUUUUUUUUUUUUUUUUUUUUUGAGACGGAGUCUUGCUCUGUCACCAGGCUGGAGUGUAGUGGGGUGCGAUCUUGGCUCACUGCAACCUCCACCUCCCAGGUUCAAGUGAUUCUCCUGCCUUCAGCCUCCCGAGUAGCUGGGAUUACAGGCACAUGCCACCACGCCCAGCUAAUUUUUGUACUUUUAGUAGAGAUUGGGUUUCGCCAUGUUGGCCAGGAUGGCCUCGUUCUCUGUCCUGAUCCGCCUGUCUUGGCCUCCCAAAGUGCUGGAGUUACAGGCGUGAGCCACUCUGCCCAGCCUGUGUGAUGUAUUUUUAACACUUCUGUUUUUAGAAUAUGCAAGAAACACAUGGGGAUGGUUUCAUUUUUAUAAUUGGUUAAAAAAAUUUCUCAAAGUGAAGUUUAAGAGUUUUAGUGUUUUGUAAUUUGAAGAAAAGUGUCUUAAAAUUCAGAGAUACCAAUGGAAAGAUAAAAGUUUGGGUUUUACUUUAGAGGAAUACGUAUUUCAUUUUUAAAAUUCAUAAUUUGCGUCAUACUAAGAAUAUGAAGAAUCCUUACACUUAAUGGUUUUAUACAGCAAAGUUUAAAAAUAAUUUACAUUAAAUGGCAAGUAUGACUUGGCUCAAUAGCUCUUCAGUUAAUCAGAAAUGAAGCGAUUUUACUUGAAAGUCUAGCCCAUUUCAGAUGUUCAGAGCAUAUAUUUUCUUUUUAGAAGUUUGUCUUCAAGUACUGAGAACUAAUGCUUCUAAUCCAUGGCAAUAUCAAGAGAGUGAUGUAUAAUAAAUAUAUAAGUACAGUGUCAGUACAAACCUUGCAAAAUAAAUUUACCUUAAACACCAACUCAAUCUACUUUUGCUUUAAAAAAUUGCUAGGUUUCUUGUUAAGACAUUGCAGUUCAGUAGAUAUUAAAUUAUACAUCAUUCUAAAUUCAUUUUGAAAACCAAAAAUGAGUAAUCUAUGAUUAAGCAAUAACCUUUUUUAAAGCAACCCUAUUAACUAAAUAAGCAAUAACCUUAAAAAAAAAACCAGUAUUAUUUCUAUAUGUAAAAAAUCCUAAAGAGGAGUGCACUGUGGUACACAAUACAGGAACUAAAUUGAAUUUUAAUGACUCUUAUGUUGUGAUACGACAUAUUUACACUUGAAAUGCCCCAAAGCUUCUAAUUCUCGGCCAUAAAAUGUAUGGCUAAACUUCCUUUCCUGUUUUCAGAUCUUUGUGCUCCUUGUUCCCAGUUCUCUUAGUUGUCUUGGCAAAUUAAGGUCCUUGGGCCAAAUCUAGCCUGCCACCUGUUUUUGUAUGGCCCCUGAACUAAGAAUAGUUUUUAUGUUUUUAAAUGGUUGAAAAAAAGUCAAGAGUAUUUGUGACAUGUGAAAAAUAUAUGAAAUUCCAAUUUCAGUGUCCAUAAAUAAAGUUUUAUUGGAAUACA